AUGGGCUGUCUCAUGAGUUUUGUUUUCACCCAGGAGAAGAUCGGCUGGCGUAAGGAGGCAUCUCACUUGCUGGUCUUCACGACAGAUGAUGUGCCCCACAUAGCCCUGGACGGGAAGCUGGGUGGGCUGGUCCAGCCGCACGACGGCCAGUGCCACUUGAACGAAGCAAACGAGUACAGUGCGUCCAGCCAGCUGGAUUAUCCUUCCCUGGCGCUUCUUGGGGAGAAACUAGCUGAAAACAACAUCCACCUUAUUUUUGCUGUUACAAAAAGUCAUUAUGUCCUGUAUAAGAAUUUUACAGCAUUGAUUCCUGGAACAACAGUAGAGAUUUUACAUAAAGACUCCAAGAAUAUCAUCGAGCUGAUAGUCAAGGCCUACAAUAGUAUUCGGUCUAAAGUAGAACUUACUGUUUGGGACAGUCCUGAGGACGUUGGCUUGACCUUCACUGCCACGUGUCAAGAUGGUUUGUCAUAUCCUGGGCUCAGGAAGUGUGGGGAUCUCAAAAUAGGAGAUACGGUUUCCUUUGAGGUGUCAGUGGAAGCCCGAAGCUGUCCUGCCGAGGACACCUCCCACAUGUUCACUAUCAAGCCUGCUGGGUUUCGGGACACACUGGAGGUCGUAGUGACUUACAACUGCAUUUGUGGGUGCACUGGCCGCGCCGAGCAGGAGAGCAGCAAGUGCAGCGGAAACGGGACCUACGCCUGCGGGCUGUGCGAGUGCGAUCCGGGCUACCUGGGCGCCAAGUGCGAAUGCGAGGAGGGUGCCAACGGGAACAUGUACCACAACAUGUGCCGGGAGGCGGAAGGCAAACCCAUCUGCAGCGGGAGAGGGGAGUGCAGCUGCAACCAGUGCGUCUGCUACGAGAGCGAGUUUGGAAACAUCUAUGGGUCCUUCUGCGAGUGCGAUGACUUCUCGUGUGCCCGGUACAAGGGUGUCCUCUGCUCAGGCCAUGGAGAAUGUCACUGUGGGGAGUGCAAGUGCCAUGCUGGUUACAUCGGGGACAACUGCAACUGCUCCACCAAGACCGACAGCUGUGUUUCCAAUGACGGUCAGAUGUGCAGCGGCAGAGGCAACUGCAUCUGUGGGAAAUGUCAGUGCACCGAACCUGGGGCUUUUGGAGAGACGUGUGAGAAAUGUCCCACCUGUCCAGGUGUCUGUAGCACUAAAAGGGACUGCAUUGAAUGCAAGCUGUUUAACUCAGGAAGACUGGCUGAUAACCAAACCUGCCAAAAACACUGCAAGGAUGAGAUCAUCACACCUGUGGAUGUUCUCAAAACAGAUGACCAGAAUUCGGUCCUGUGCGCCUACCCGGUCAACGACUGCGUCAUGAAGUUCACCUACUCGGAGCUCGCCAGUGGGAAAUCCAACCUCACCGUCCUCAGAGAGCCAGAGUGCGGCUCAGCACCCAACGUCCUGACCAUCUUGCUGGUCGUGGGGGGCAGCAUCUUGCUGAUCGGCAUCGUGCUGCUGGCGAUCUGGAAGCUGCUCGUCACCAUUCACGACAGGCGGGAGUUCGCCAGGUUGGCCUGCGCGGGCGGCUCGGCAGCGACGGCAUCCAAUCCUCUCUACCGAAAGCCUAUUUCCACACAUAGCUUAGAUUUCACAUUCAACAAGCUCAGCAAGUCUUAUAAUGGUACAGUUGACUGAUCAGGCCUCAGCACGUGGGACUGCUGUGGACAGUUGCUUGACUGUGUUGCUGCUUCCUGACUUGAAGAUGAAAUCCUCUUCGGAGGAGAGGAUACCUUGAAACAGGGCUGAUCAGUGACAGAAGCCUGUUGUUUGCACAGUAAGGAGAAACGGCUGAGUAGCGUGCGCGCUGUAUAAUCCUGGACACACGGACGCGAAGGCGGGCUCGCUGCCUGCGCUCAUGGACUCCGAGCAGGGUGAGACUUCAUACCCCAGCUUUCUGGAUAUAUUAAACCUGCCAACUAAGUGAACCAAGUGCCAUAUUGCAGCUUUAGACAUAUCCCAUUAGAAAGGGUGACUAGGCCAGAAUCAGGGGAACCCAUGCCAUUGCAAGUUGUUAGGGGGAAAUUAGCUUAAAAAAAAAAAAAGGUGUUGGAAGCGUUUGUGUAAGAAAAUAGGAUACAGGAAUUCUGCACUCGUUAGGAUUUUUUUUAUAUAAAAACAAAAUAAAACUAUUGUGCAUAUAUGA